AGGUGCUGAGAAGAUGGCCUCCCCGGGUGCCCCAGGGACCCGCAUGACAUCCACAGUCAGCAUCAACAUUUCCACCCCUUCCUUCUACAACCCACAGAAGAAGUUUGCACCUGUGGUCGCCCCGAAACCCAAGGUGAACCCCUUCAAGGCUGGGGGUGCAUCGGAGUCGGCGCUGCCCCCGCCUCCUGGAGCUGGUGCCCAGCGUGCUCAGAUAGGGAAGGUGGGGGAGAUUCCAUCAGCGCCCAUGUCCCUGCUGGCAGAAGAGCUGCCGUUGCCACCGCCUCCCCCACCUGGAGAGGAGGCGAGUUUCUCCUCAAACUGUGCUUUUCCUCCACCCCCUCCACCCUUCGAAGAGCCUUUUCCACCAGCCCCAGAAGAAGUUUUUCCUUCUCCUCCUCCUCCUCCUCCUCCUCCACCGAUGUUUGAUGAAGGGCCACUGAGCAAGGUGCCUGCCCCACAGAUAUCUCCAGGGUCCACAGGUUCUGUAGAGAAACCGUCGGCCCCAAAAGCCCAUGCGGAAAUACCAUCUGCACCCAGAGAUACUCCUCAUUCCUUUCCUUCCAAGUUCACUCCAAAGCCAAGUGGAAGCUCACCUUUCAAGCCCCCUGGAGUGGAUUUGACCCCCACCCCAACCCCAUGGGCAGCCCCGCAGCAAUGCAAGGAGCCCCUAGCACCCGUCCCUCCACCCACCUCUCUCCCUCCUGCUCAGCCUACCCCUAAAUUCACCCCACCCCCUGUUUCUGGCUCUUCUAAGCCUGGAUCCAAAUCAGGUGCCAAUGUUGCCACAGCUCCCUCAAACUCUACAAGAUAUCCUACCUCCCUCCAGACUCAGUUCACAGCCCCUGCACCUUCAGGUCCCUCCUCUCGGCCAGAGCCUCCCAAUUUCACCUAUGCCCAGCAGAGGGAAAGACCCCAAGUGCAGGUGAAGCCACGUCCUGCAGAACACCCUGCGGCUGCAAAAGACACGCAUAGACCCACAGGCUCCGGUGCAGAUCCACCUAGGGGAAAUUCCUGUCUGACCAUGAAGGAGGUAGAAGAGCUGGAGAUGUUGACCCAGAAACUAAUGAAGGAUAUGGAGCAUCCGCCCCCAGCAGAGGCUGCUACUUCUGAGCUCUGCGGCUUCUGCUCACGAACCCAGCCAGCUGUGAGGGCCCUGGACCGCCUCUUCCACGUGGAAUGCUUCACCUGCUUCAAAUGUGAGAAGCAGCUGCAAGGGCAGCAGUUCUACAACGUGGAUGAGAAGCCCUUCUGUGAGGACUGCUAUGCUGGGACCUUGGAAAAGUGCAGUGUCUGCAAACAGACCAUCACAGACCGGAUGCUGAAGGCCACUGGUAACUCAUACCAUCCCCAGUGCUUCACCUGCGUGAUGUGCCAUACCCCUCUUGAAGGGACCUCUUUUAUUGUGGACCAGGCCAACCAGCCUCACUGCGUGGAUGACUACCACAGGAAGUAUGCUCCACGCUGCUCCGUCUGUAGUGAGCCUAUCAUGCCAGAGCCUGGAAAGGAUGAGACAGUGCGUGUGGUGGCAUUGGAGAAGAAUUUCCAUAUGAAAUGUUACAAGUGUGAGGACUGUGGGAAGCCCUUGUCCAUUGAAGCAGACGAGAAUGGGUGCUUUCCACUGGAUGGGCACGUGCUGUGUAUCAAAUGUCACACCGUUCGUGCCAAAACGGCGCGCUGAGGAGCUUG